ACCGGUCGCUUCUGGAAGUCGGCAGCUGCCUUGGUCGUUUGGCUGGUACUUGCGACUGUAGCGGUCUUACAGUUUCGCGGUUCACAGCGGGAGUGGAAAAUGGCCCUACUGUGCUACAACCGGGGCUGCGGCCAGCGCUUCGAUGCCGAGAACAAUGCGGACGAUGCUUGUACAUAUCAUCCUGGUGUUCCGGUCUUUCAUGAUGCAUUAAAGGGUUGGUCUUGCUGUAAAAGAAGAACAACUGAUUUUUCUGACUUCUUAAGUAUUGUAGGCUGCACGAAAGGCAGACAUAAUAGCGAGAAGCCUCCUGAGCCAGUGAAGCCAGAAGUCAAGACUACUGAGAAGAAAGAGCUCUCGGAACUGAAGCCCAGGUUUCAGGAGCAUAUCAUUCAAGCACCAAAGCCAGUAGAGUCAAUCAAAAGACCAAGCCCAGAUGAACCAAUGACGAGUUUGGAAUUAAGAAUAUCUGCCUCUCUAAAACAAGCACUUGAUAAACUUAAACUGUCAUCAGGGAAUGAAGAAGAUAAGAAAGAAGAAGACAGUGAUGAAAUUAAGAUUGGGACCUCAUGUAAAAAUGGAGGAUGUUCAAAGACAUAUCAGGGUCUACAGAGUCUAGAAGAAGUCUGCGUAUAUCAUUCUGGAGUACCUAUAUUCCAUGAAGGGAUGAAAUAUUGGAGUUGUUGCAGAAGAAAAACCUCUGACUUUAACACGUUCUUAGCCCAAGAAGGCUGUACCACAGGGAAGCACAUGUGGACUAAGAAGGAUGCUGGGAAAAAAGUUGUUCCCUGUAGACAUGACUGGCAUCAGACUGGGGGUGAAGUCACCAUUUCCGUGUAUGCUAAAAAUUCACUUCCGGAUCUUAGUCGAGUAGAAGCAAAUAGCACUUCAUUAAAUGUGCACAUUGUAUUUGAAGGAGAGAAAGAAUUUCAUCAAAAUGUGAAAUUAUGGGGUGUGAUCGAUGUAAAGCGAAGUCAUGUAACUAUGACUGCUACAAAGAUUGAGAUCUCCAUGAGAAAAGCCGAGCCUAUGCAGUGGGCAAGCCUUGAACUGCCUGCAACCACAAAACAGGAAAAACGAAAAGAAGAUUCUACAGAUUAAGUGGAAGAAGAAAAACACUGCUGCCUAUUUCAGAAAUCUCAAUGAUGUGUGGUGAAGUUGUGGCUUGCUGCUGUAAUCUUCUAUUCUUGCUGUUUUAUUUGUGAAUCUGGCAUUUUAGGGUCAGCAUUAGAUUUUUAAAAGCCAAAGUCAAGUCAUCGUUUCGUCUUCUGUUUUCCCCGUGGGAUCUGUAAGAUGGACUCUUCCUUCCUCGCUGUUAGAACCAUAUUUG